AUGGGAAGAGAGGAACAGGCAAAGCUAAAUAAUUUAAGGGACUGUGCUGUACAAUAUUUCAUGCAGAAGUUUCAAUUGAAGCCUCUUUCCAGAAAUAAUUGGCUAGUAAAAAGAUCUAAUAUUGGUUGUAGUACAAAUACAAAAUGGUUUGGGCAGAGGAACAGAUAUUUUAAAACCUACAAUGAAAGGAAGAUGCUAGAAACCCUUUCAUGGAAAGAUAAGUUGGCUAAAGGAUACUUUAAUAGUUGGGCUGAAGAACAUGCUGUAUAUCAUCCUGGGCAGAGUUCUCUUUUAGAAAGGACAGAUUCCAAUCUCGAAUGUCACUUAUGGCAUAUUUUAGAGGGAAAGAAACUGCCAAAGGUAAAGUGUUCUCCAUUUUGUGAUGGUGAAAUUUUAAAGACUCUAAAUGAGGUAAUUGAAAAGUCAUUAGAGGGCACUUUGAAUUUGGAUUCCAAGUUUAGGCCAAAACAGCAGUAUUGUUCUUGUCAUGUUUUUUCUGAAGAACUGAUACUUUCUCAAUUGUUUAGCCUUACCAAGUGUCUUCAGGAUGAGCAGGUUGUAAGACCCAGCAAUCAAAUAAAGUGCCUGCUUGUAGGUUUGCCACCUUUCCGUGAUAUCAAAAUGAAUGUACCAUUGGAAGUUCAGUUCCUGGAAUCACCUGAACUCUUGACUUUCACCUGCUCAUUGCUUCAUGAUGGAGACCCAAAAUACCAGCAAUUAUUUUUACAUUCAUUGCUACAUUCAUUACGGCAGCUUCAUGCAGGAGAUGCUUUGAUUUUGCCUAUACUUUCUUGUUUCACAAGAUUUAUGGCUGGUUUGAUCUUUGUACUCAAAGGCUGUUUUCAAUUUAUCACAUUUUCUUGUCCCACAUCCUCUGAGCCUCUGAGAAGUUGUGCAGUCUUGCUGUGUGUUGGCUUUCAGGACUUUCCAAAUCCAGUUUUCCAGUAUCUACAGAAUGUGAAUGAAUUGUUGAGCACAUUGCUCAACUCUGAUGCCCCCCAGCAGGUUUUACAGUUUGUGCCAAUGGAGGUGCUCCUGCAAGGGGCACUACGAUUUUUUGUGGGAUUUGAAUGCUGCCAUUGCUAA